CGCCGGCGGCAGUCGACCGGCGAGUACGUGCCGCCCGUGACGCCCUCCCGCGGAAACUUUACGCGAGUGCAGUGACAGUGAGUGAGCAUGCCCGCCCGCGCCGUGGCCCUCCUAGCCACCGCGGCCCUCGCGCUCGCCGCCACCCCGCCCGACCCCUGCAUGGAGGAUGGCCGCCCGCGCCGCUGCAUCCCCGACUUCGUCAACGCUGCUUUCGGGGCCCCCGUGGUCGCCUCCUCCAUUUGCGGAAGACGAGGACCCGAGCGCCUCUGUGAUCCUCCCGGCGAUCAGCCCCCCGAAAAUUCUUGUAGAGUAUGCGAUGCCGCUAGAUCCGACCGCCGACACCCUCCGACACAUCUCACCGACCUGAACAACCCCAACGAUGUGACGUGCUGGCGAUCCGCGCCGAUCCCGCCAACCUCAUACGACUCGCCACCCGACAACGUCUCGCUGACCCUAUCUCUGGGCAAGAAGUAUGAGCUAACUUAUGUGAGUCUGCAGUUCUGUCCGAAGGCCGCUCGUCCGGACUCCGUCGCUAUCUACAAGAGCGCGGACAACGGCGUCACCUGGCAACCCUUCCAGUUCUACUCGAGCCAGUGCAGGCGAGUGUACGGUCGGCAGAACAAGGCGACCGUUACUGCUGCUAAUGAGCAGGAGGCCAGGUGCUCCGACAGUCACCGGUUGACUGGGGAGAGCUCUGGGGGAGCUCGGCUUGCGUUCAGUACUCUGGAAGGACGGCCGAGCGCUGCUAACUUUGACAUUUCGCCUGUGCUGCAAGACUGGGUGACGGCGACGGACGUGCGGGUGGUGUUCAACCGGCUGCACAUGGUGAGCGAGGGCGACGAGGUGGACAGCAAGAAGCAGGCGGCGCCGGGCGCGCAGCACUACGCCGUGUCGGACUUCGCGGUGGGCGGGCGCUGCAAGUGCAACGGGCACGCGUCGCGCUGCGUGCCGCUGAAGGGCGAGGCUGCCGGCGGCGUGACGCAGCUCACCUGCGAGUGCAAGCACAACACCGCGGGCCGCGACUGCGAGCGCUGCAAGCCCUUCCACUUCGACCGGCCCUGGGGACGCGCCACCGCCAGGGACGCCAACGAGUGCAAAGAAUGCAACUGCAACGGUCACGCUCGUCGCUGCCGAUUCAACAUGGAGCUCUACAAGCUGUCUGGCCGCGCCUCCGGAGGGGUGUGCCUCAAGUGCAGGCACUAUACCGCCGGCAGGCACUGCCAUUACUGCAGGGAAGGAUACUACAGAGACCCUACUAAGCCUAUUACGCAUAAGAAAGCUUGUAAACCCUGCGACUGUCACCCAGUGGGUGCGAGCGGGAAGACCUGCAACCAGACGAGCGGCCAGUGCCCCUGCAAGGACGGAGUGACUGGCACCACCUGCAACCGCUGCGCCAAGGGCUACCAGCAGUCCAGGAGUCAUAUCGCACCUUGUAUACGUAUACCCCGAGUGGUGACUGCAGUGCAAGCCAUGGAGGCAGUGGACGGUGACCCGGGCCGCGGUAAGUACAACGGAGCAGUGCGGCCGGUGUCGCGCCGCCGCUCGCACGCUAAAUCUCAACAAGUUCUGCAGCCGAGACUACGUCAUAAUGGGCAAGGUGGUGGGCCGCGAGGCGAGCGCGGCGGGCGACCAGUGGGUGCGCCUGGCGCUGAGCGUGCAAGCGGUGUACAAGCGCGCGCCGCGCAGCCGCCUGCGCCGCGGCGGCACCGCCCUGCACGUGCGCGCCGCGGACCUCGCCUGCAAGUGCCCUAAGAUCAAGAUUAACAAGUCAUACCUAAUCCUAGGAGUGGAAAAAGAGGGUGUGUCAAGUGGUUUGCCGGGGCUGACAGUCGGCGAGAGGACACUAUUACUGGAGUGGCGCGACGACUGGCACCGACGCAUCCGUCGACUUCAGCGCCGCGCGAUCAACUGCCACUAGCGGCCCGCCAUCUUGGAAUAGUGGGGAUUAAGCAACCAAUGAGAGCGCUCCGCUCUCGUCGUAAUCCGUCGUUGCAAACAUACGUGAAUUGAUAACGUAGUUGUUUUAACUGUUACUGCCAUAUACGUGCUGUCUUUAUAAAUUCAUAUUACAAUAACUGUAUCAGGGAUGAAUGUUGAUAUAUCGUAAGACUGAUUGUAAUCUCUCUGCAAUACAUCUUCGUGUAUCUUUAAGGUGUCUUAGGUCUUUAUGUCAGUCCCGUUAGUGUGUCGUCAUCCUUUGUUAGCUAAUAACUGUUUAACAGAAGUACUGUCAUAGUGAAAAGCUUUAUACAAUUAUUGAAUCAAUAUUUAUUUUUGAUUUCAUUUAUUUGUAUAAUACCUACUAUAAAGAUAGCGUUUCGAAAAAGAGCCUAAUUUUACAUUAUACCAAUUAAUUGAUAUAUUUCGCAAACCUAGGCCUAAUCAAAAACCUACAAUUUCUAUCUAGAUAUUAAAAAAUAAAUAACUUAAUAUACUUAAUCAAUAGACUCUCGUCAUAGUUAGAUUUUGGCACUUCAUAUAGCCUUUAUCAAUAUAAAUAUAUUUAAAUGUAAAGUUGUCCAUUUUGAUCCAACAUUCAUUCCUGAGCACUCAAACGUUUACCUAGUCCGUUUUAGGAAUAACGUUAUUGAUAACUAAUAACUGUAGUUUCACUGUUACUUACGACAAGGUUUUAUGCCAAAAAUGCAAGAGACAUUAAUGCGGCGCGCGGGUCCUUUUGUACGAACAGAAUUCGAAAAAUAAAAAGCAACAAAAAUAAAGAAGACUUUGGGAUCUGGAGUCGAAAAGACCAAAUCAUGUACGUGGCAAUCUACAUGAAGAAAAACUUCGAAAUUUUCCCCAUCCUAGGAUUUCGUUGAACAAAAAGUGUACAUUAUUAUUAUUAUUUAUUUUGAAUAGUUUAAUUUUAUAAGGCAAAACUUAAUUGUAUCGUUCCAUUUCUUGCAUUUUUUGUAUAAUUGUUAUUUUAUAUUGAAAAUGCUAAUGUUGAUAUUGUUUUUAUGUGCUGUGGCUGCAUGACAUCAUGGUGUCUGUCCAACUUUGUAAUAAAACGAAGCAAAAUAAAAAUAAUUGAAAAAUACUCUUUAUUAUUUAAAGAGUAUUUAUUUCUAUUAAUAAAAAAAAAAAACAAUAAAAAAGUAACAAAAUCAUGACAGUUUGAAAUGACAUUUAUGUCAUGUCAGUUUGACAGAUGACGUGAGUUGUGUGCGCGAUUGUACUCGUUAGAUGUAGGACACAUUCGAAGAUGAAUCACCACAUAGUCACAAUGGUUUAACGUACCUCAUUUAUAUUAUAAAUCUUAUCACUAAGGUUAAGUGUUUAAUUUAUAUCGUUAGCGCUUAGAUUUUAUACACAUUAAGCUAAAAAUAUCAAUCUCUCUAUGUGUUCGUAAUUUUUCUCUUUUUUAUUUUUCUGUAAAUUAAAUGAUUUAAAUAUUAGAUCUUGCCAAAGUAACAUUUUUAUUUUGUAUAGAGUACUAAGUUUCCUCUGUAUAAUAUCUUCUGUGUUGAGGAUAUAACUUGAACAAAUUGCGUCGCCUAACUAAGGUAUGUACAGUAUUACUAGCUUUACUAAGGAAAAUAAUAAUAAGAAUCUUUUGGUUUUUGAAAAAGUACAAUCUUCGAAAAAAGCUAUAUAAAAAAACAUUACGCAACUCUAAAAGAAUUUCUCAUUGUUGCUUGGAGUACAAAAAAAAACAUAAUUUUAUCUUCAGAAGAACCAUACAAUACACAAAAGCUAUUCAUACAUAACAAAAAAAAAUAUGAACAUCUCAAUCGAGGAAUAAAGUCAGAAAGUAUGCGUAAUCAUGUCCAAUUGAUCUGUCAAAGUUAUUUAUGCUAUCUGUGCGGCCGCCAUCUUUAUAAUGGCAUAAAUCAACGUGAACGCAACAUUUUACAAUAAUCAAUGUUACCGGUUGAACGGACAGACUAAAUUGCCUGAAAACGCUGUUAUAAAAAGUAAUAAAAAAUGAAAUAUUUCCAUAAUGUUUUUAUGUCGUGAUUUAGGUACAAACUCUUCUGAUUCACAUUUGAAGGGCCGCAGUAUAUACUCAGCAUUUAUAAAAUCAUUAUACUUUUUCAAAAAACAAAAGAACGUAAUCUAUAGAUAAAAUAAAUAUUUAAAAAACGACUUAGAAGUUUCGCUUGAACGUACUACGGAUUGUAAAAAGUGUAUUUAGUUGUAGAUUGAACUAUUAACCUGUUUCUAGUUAUGCAUAUCUUUAGAUUUCAUAAUUUGUAUAUUUCAAAUUAUAAUUUGGCUCUAUAGACUGUAAUCUUUAUACUUUAGCUGCUAAUAAAAAACACACAAAUGUCAAUUUAGUAACGAUGUUCUUUUUUCAAAGUUUACCUAAAUAAUUAUAACGCGCCAAAUUAUAAUUUAAAAUGUCGAAAAUAUAUUAAUAUCUGAUCGUAAUUGUAUUUAUAGCAUAGUCAGUUUGUAUUUUUACUGAAUUUAAUAAUAUAUGUGAAUAUUGUUUUAUUUUCCAGUUUAUUUAUUCAGGGUGGUAACAAUGACGUAUUUACAAAAAUCAACCAUUAAAUUGAAUUAAAUAAAACUACAAAUAAUCAUGAAAAUAUUACCACCACUUUUGACCGAUCAUUCCUACAAUAAUAAUUACCAAUAAUACGAAAACAUCCAGAACGAUCAUAUUUGAAUAUUAAACUUAAUUUGUCUUAUUUUAUAUGCAAGCACUGUCUUCAACCCUCUCUAUCAUUACCUACUUUAUAUUGGUUUAAUGAAUAAAUUACUUAUUAUUAACGCACAAACAAGGCCUAUUAAGCUUACUGUCGCGAAAUUAAAUUAAAUACAUCUGUUUAUUUGGCGACACGUACUGUUAUAAAUAGUAUAAUAUUCAUUUAGUUAUACUUAUUUAUAUUUUAAGGGAUGUCAAUUGAACUUAGGAAAGCGCGCGAAGGUUUUAUGUCCGACUAUAGAUUCAAAAUGACCGAUGUUCUGUCUAUGGUCUGUGAAACUUUUGGCGCGCAAUCGAAUUGUGUUUUCAAGAUACCCUGCUCCUGUGAUGUAAUAAAUGUUAUUGGUUAUAUUUAUUUAAAAAUAAAAGUACAUUAAUAUACGUA